AUGAAGCGCCAUUGGCUGACCCACCAUACCAACGAGGGACCUUGGCAGCCAGACAGAUACCCGCCGUUUGAAGAUCUUUGGAAACUCGUCAAGGAUGGUGAAAUCGUUCUCACUCCGCCCUCAAAGUACCAGGCGAGCACCACUACGGAUGGCGAGGACGACGAGCCUUCUGUGGAACCCCCAUCAUCCAUGACGACGCCCUUGGCCACGAUAGAGCACGAUUCUGGAGUUGGUCCUAUUCGUCGACGACGAGCAACAGGUGCCACUCGUAUGGAUCCCAUUGCACGUCCACAGAUUCAAGUCAUGCGUUUCCCCGAAGAAGCAGACGAACAAAGGUCUCCAGCAUUGUCCACAGUCGACGCGCCGCCGCGAACGCGUUACCCUCUACUCCCCGCCGGCAACUACAACGUCGUGCAUCCUCCACUAGUCCCCGUUCCAACCUCUCACGUCCGAGAGCAUCACCACCGACACAGAAGGACGUCGAGCGCAAGCACCAAUGCUACGGGUGUCACCGGCGGAUUGGGACUUCUCUCGCGAGCGGCUGCAAUGGACCAUCCACCCCUUCCGCCGCUGAUCCCCUCGACAGCAUAUGAAUAUACCCACUGCGAAAACGAUGGCUUGUCCUCCUUGUCCAAAAGGGAGUCCAAGCCCUUUACCGGAAACUACUUAUACGGACAUAAAAAAGGUUCACCUCCUGGUCCAGGAUACACUCCCGCCAGUAUCCCCACGAGCGAACUCAGCCUACUUUCGCACCCUCCGACAGAUACCAUCUUCUCGUCUUCUUCUCCACCGGCACUCACGUCCUCGCCCGUUUCGGUCCUACUCAAGUCACCAGCCUCGGUUCUCAGGUCACCCCUUUCAGAGGCAGCGGCUCCCAUGAGUCCAGUAGAUAGAAUGUCGCCAUUCAUUCACGAUGCAUACGUCGAAGAUGGAUAUAUCGGUGGCGGAUUUCCACCAAUGCGCGUUUCCCCCAUGAGCGCGUAA